AUCUGAAAUCUCAUCUGGGUAUCUUUUAUUCAUCCCUGAACAUUGAGCAUUCAUCAUCUCCAUUCUCAAGUUAUUCGUUUUCUGGAAACAUACUGGUUAUCACUUAUCAUGGCGAGUCGAGUGAUUGAAGAUAAGAAAAAUGAGCAGACAAUUCGGGGCCUUCUCAAAAAACUGGAGAAUCGAAGAUGUAUUAAUUGCAACAGUCUGGGGCCUCAAUAUGUUUGCACAAACUUCUGGACAUUUGUUUGCACCAUCUGUAGUGGAAUACACCAGGAAUUCACACACAGAGUUAAAUCGGUGUCAAUGGCUAAGUUCACUUCUCAGGAAGUGACUGCUCUUCAAGAAGGCGGAAACCAGCGUGCAAAAGAAAUCUAUUUUAAAGAAUGGGAUCCUCGGCGUGAUUCUGCUCCUAACAACAGCAAUGUGGAGAGGCUUCGAGGAUUCAUUAAGCAUGUCUACGUGGAUAGAAGAUACAGUGGUGAGAGAAACUAUGACAAGCCUCCUCGAGGAAAGAUGGGUGACAAGGAAGACUUCUAUGAGAACAAGAGGAUAGAUGGAUAUCAGGUUGAAGAUACCCUACUUGAGGAGCCCCUUUUGAAUGGAAAUUCUAGUGUUAGUAACGGUGUCGAGUCGAGUGAGAAAAAAAGCGAUGCUACUGUAACGCCGUACUCGAAUGUUGGUAUUUUCGACCUUCUUACAUUUUCUUGGAUGGGACCUCUUAUUGCUACUGGCAAUAAGAAAAUUUUAGACCUUGAGGAUGUUCCUCAGCUGGAUAGCAGUGUCAGCGUCAGCGGGGCUUUUUCGAAAUUCCGAAACAGGCUAGAGGCAGCCGACAGCGAGGGGACUGGAGUUACCACACUUAAGCUGCUAAAGGUAUUGUUCUUCUCAGAUUGGAAAGAUAUUCUUUGGACUGGUUUGUUCGUGUUCAUGUACAGUGUGGCUUCAUAUGUCGGCCCGUAUCUCAUCGACACUUUUGUUCAGUACCUGAGUGGACAACGGGAGUUUAAAAAUGAAGGGUAUCUAUUGGUUACUGCUUUCUUUGUUGCAAAGCUUGUAGAGUGUAUAUCUCAGAUGUGGUGGGUCUUUAAGUCACAGCAUGUUGGAAUUAGGUGGAGAGGAGUACUGAUUGCAAUGAUUUAUAAUAAGGGUCUAACCCUUUCAUGCCAGUCGAAGCAGAGCCAGACCAGCGGGGAGAUCAUCAAUUAUAUGGCUGUCGAUGCAGAGAGGGUCGGUGACUUUUGUUGGUACAUGCACGAUACAUGGACCAUAGUUUUACAGGUUGCUUUGGCCUUAUUGGUCUUGUAUAAGAACCUUGGGGCAGCAACCUUUGCAGCUUUUGUCACAACAAUACUUGUUAUGUCGGUGAACAUUCCUUUGGGGAAAAUGGAAGAGAACUUUCAAGAGAAGUUGAUGGAAUCAAAAGAUAAAAGGAUGAAGGCCACAUAUGAAACUUUAAAGAAUAUGAGAAUUCUCAAACUUCAGGGGUGGGAAAUAAAGUUUCUAUCUAAGAUUUUGGGGUUAAGGAAAGUCGAGGAAGGAUGGUUAAAAAGAUUUGUUUAUACUAGUGCUAUGAGUAGCAUUGUUUUGUGGGUUUCACCUUCAUUUGUUUCAUUGGCCACUUUUAGUGCUUGUAUAUAUUUACGCAUCCCACUCGAGUCCGGGAAGAUAUUAUCUGCACUUGCAACAUUCAGGAUUCUUCAAGAGUCGAUUUACGGUCUUCCUGAUAUGAUUUCAAUGAUAGUUCAGACAAAGGUGUCUCUUGAUAGAAUCGUGUCCUACCUUCGGCUUGAUGACUUGCAGCCUGAUGUUAUGGAGAAGCUUCCAAGGGGUAGUUCUGAUAUAGCAAUUGAAAUCGUUGAUGGGAAUUUCUCAUGGGACUUGUAUUCUCCCACACCAACACUUAAGGACUUGAAUUUGAAGGUUUUCUAUGGUAUGAGUAUUGCUGUUUGUGGUACAAUUGGCUCCGGCAAAUCGAGUCUACUUUCCUGUAUUUUGGGGGAAUUAUCAAAGAUAUCUGGAACUCUUAAGUUGUGUGGUACAAAAGCCUAUGUUCCUCAAUCACCUUGGAUACAGAGUGGCAAGAUUGAAGACAACAUAUUGUUUGGUAAAGAGAUGAGAAGGGAGAGGUACGAAAGAGUGCUCGAAGCUUGUAACCUUAACAAGGAUCUCGAAAUGCUCUCAUUCGGUGAUCAGACAAUUAUAGGUGAGAGGGGAAUCAAUUUGAGUGGUGGACAGAAACAAAGAAUACAGAUUGCUCGAGCUUUAUACCAAGAUGCUGAUAUAUAUCUUUUUGAUGAUCCUUUUAGUGCUGUGGAUGCUCACACCGGAUCACAUUUAUUUAAGGAAGUUUUACUUGGCAUUUUGAGUUCAAAAACAGUGAUUUUUGUCACUCAUCAACUUGAAUUUAUACCAGCUGCUGAUCUAGUCCUGGUGAUGAAAAACGGGAGGAUUACAGAAGCUGGAAAGUAUAAUGACAUUAUCGAUUCGGGAUCUGAUUUUAAGGAACUGGUGGGUGCACAUGAGAAAGCUUUGUCAGCCCUUGAUCAUACUAUUGAGGUAGGAUCUGUUUAUGAAAAGUGUGUAAGUGAAGCAAAUGGUGUUAUUCGGGAAAUGUAUAAAGAAGGUAAUGAGAUUAGCGAAGUAGAUGAUGUUGGGCCAAAAGGACAGCUUGUUGAAGAAGAAGAGCGGGAGAAAGGAAAAGUUGGGUUUUCGGUCUACUGGAAGUAUAUCACAACAGCAUAUGGAGGAGCUCUUAUACCUUUUAUAUUGCUGGCACAAAUUCUCUUUCAAGUUUUUCAAAUCGGUAGCAAUUACUGGAUGGCUUGGGCAUCUCCUGCUGUUGAACCUCCAGUUGGGAACGUUACACUAAUACUUGUCUAUUUAGCUUUGGUCAUUGCAAGUGCUUUUUCUGUCUUUGCCAAAUCCAUCCUUCUUAAAAUAGCUGGAUAUAAAACAGCUACUCUUCUAUUCAAAAAGAUGCAUUUAUGCAUUUUUCGUGCCCCUAUGUCAUUCUUUGAUUCGACACCUAGCGGAAGAAUUCUAAACAGAGCUUCUACAGAUCAAAGUGCUGUGGAUUUGAACAUCCCAAAUCAGGUUGCGGGUGUUGCCGUCUCAGUUAUCCAACUCCUUGGAAUCAUUGUUGUCAUGUCACAGGUUGCUUGGCAGAUCUUUAUCAUUUUUAUUCCUGUGAUCGCUGCGUGCAUUUGGUAUCAGCAAUAUUACAUAUCUUCUGCUCGAGAGCUUACACGGUUGAUUGGAGUAUGCAAAGCUCCAGUAAUACAGAAUUUUUCUGAAACAAUUUCAGGGGCAACGACUAUCAGGGGCUUCGAUCAAGAAUCAAGAUUCCAGCAGAAGAACAUGAUACUAAUGGAUGCGUAUUCUCGCCCAAAGUUUCAUGCUAACGGUGCAAUGCAAUGGUUGUGCUUCCGCCUCGACAUGUUGUAUUCUAUUACUUUUGCCUUCUCUUUGUUCUUCUUGAUAUUUAUACCUGAUGAAAUUAUUAAUCCAGGCAUUGCUGGGCUAGCUGUGACAUACGGGCUCAAUCUAAAUAUGUUGCUAUCUAUGUUAGUAUGGCAAAUUUGCAGAAUGGAGAACAAAAUAAUAUCUGUUGAGAGGAUUCUUCAAUAUAGUAGCAUUCCUAGCGAGCCUUGCCUUGUGAUUGAAACUAAUUGUCCUGACCUUUCUUGGCCAUUUCGCGGAGAAGUUUGUAUUCAUGAUCUGCAGGUGCGAUAUGCCCCGCACAUGCCGCUUGUCCUACGAGGGCUGACAUGCACAUUUCCCGGAGGGUUGAAAACUGGCAUUGUGGGGAGAACAGGCAGUGGCAAAACAACUCUCAUACAGACACUUUUCCGAAUUGUUGAACCUACAACAGGCUGGAUUAUUAUUGAUGGUGUCAAUAUCUCAUCAAUCGGACUGCAUGAUCUGCGGUUACGACUCAGCAUAAUUCCUCAGGAUCCUACCAUGUUCGAAGGGACCAUACGAAGUAAUUUGGACCCUCUCGAAGAGUACACAGAUGAACAGAUUUGGGAGGCAUUGGAUAAGUGCCAACUUGGAGAUCAAGUUAGAAAGAAUGAAGGCAAGCUUGAGUCUAUAGUUGGUGAAAACGGAGAUAAUUGGAGUAUGGGUCAAAGGCAGCUGGUAUGUCUUGGGCGUGUGCUGCUCAAGAAAAGCAAGAUCUUAGUACUCGACGAAGCUACAUCGUCAGUCGAUACGGCUACCGAUAAUCUGAUUCAGACGACCUUAAAGGAGCACUUCUCAGAGUGUACAGUAAUAACAAUCGCCCAUCGAGUAACUUCAGUUGUCGAUAGCGAUAUGGUUAUGCUUCUAAGUCAGGGAGUUAUUGAAGAGUAUGAUUCUCCCGCUAGCUUACUGGAAAACAAGUUUUCAUCAUUUGCGCAACUUGUAGCAGAGUACACUAUGAGAUCAAAAUGAACCUGUAAGUUCACCAUUUUUUUAAAAAAAAUGGUUCC